GCAGGUGCGAGCUACUUCCGGCUAUUUUGAACAAAGCAGGCUUUGUAAAUUUAGCGUUGUUUUUCUCCCAUUUAUUGAUUAAUUUAUGCAUAAUAUGCAAGGUGUACUUCUUUUACACACAUGAAGGAACAGAUGUAAACAAUGAUGGACUUGGGUUCUGUAAAGAAAGACUUUAGUAACCUGUUGUCCCAGGUACAACCAUGGACCCUGUCGCAUUUUGUUAUGUGGCUAGACAUAAAGGUGGCAGAGUACAAGGUGUUUGGUCGUAUGAUUAUGGAUAAUACACCAAAUGACACUCCACAGUGGUUGAGAGCGAGUGCCGAUUAUCUGGAGCAGCAACAGAAAGAGGCUCAGGCACAAGCUGCUGCUUCUCAGGGUGACAAGGACCUGUCACCCACUGUGCCGCCGGUACCACCACCACCACUGUCACCACGCACAGCUCAUGCCAUGGCAUCUCUCAGACCAUCAUUACAACAGAUUACCUCAGCAUAUGAACCUGUAGCAUCAUUUGUAACUACUAGUGCAAGUACAUUAUAUACAGUGUCAACUGUUAACUCAACAGUAGUGUCUCCCUCAGUAUCACCAGCAUAUUCAACAGCUUCUCAGGUUCGUCCACCUCUGCCAGUAGAUACUUUUCAGAAGUCUACACCACCGAUUUCAAUUCCGGAAGCAUACGCAAAAUCCAAUUCAAUGGCACAGUAUGCUGGGUAUCAGUCUGGAACCCAGCGGAUUCCCCCGAUCUCACACCUUUCACCAAAGCAUAUCAGACAGAGCAUAGAUCAAGGUUUAUCCAUGUCAUUACCAGUUUCGCUGGCAUCAGGUAAAGAAUCUCUAACAACAGCGGAGGUUGAGUCUCAAAUUGCAGUCCUGGAAAGUCAGAUCGCAGCAGUAAAUAGAAGCUUAAAACAAUCAGCCCAGGCUACAGGAAUUGUGGAAACUGCUACACCAUCGUCAUCAACAGGCAAGGCUGGCAGGCGUAAAGCUGACACAACAACAGAUGAAACAAACGCGUUUGUUCCCCCUCCAUACCCAAAGAAAUCACGACAGCAGUCUCCAGUAAGUGCUUCACGAACGACAGCUGCAGAAACAACAACUGCUCUGCCUCCAUUACACUCAAGUAUGGAUAUGCUAGCAAGAAUGCAUCGCUUGGACACAGAGAGUAUACCAGAAUCAUUACGUUCACAGAACAUUACAUCAACAUUGGAAGCAUUUGAGGCUUUGAGAACUCAAACAUUUCCACCCAGUACACAAAUUAACAAUGAGGUGGACACAAUUCAGAAUACAGCACAAGAUAUGAGCAUUCAUCAUGUUAGUUCCGAACGAGAUCAGCUAGCAGCAUAUACAGCAGCUGUAGAUCGCGAGCAAGCUUACACAGUGACAGAUAGAGAACAGACAUACACACCAACAUCAGACACUGCUGUAUCCACCAAUGCGUUUAACUUGCAGCCUGCUGAAGUGAGAGUAAAAGUGGAGGCAAGCCAAUCAGAUGAGGACAGUCAUGGUGGAAUGGAAGGUCUUAAAACAGUGACCCCUGAAGGUCACCAAGAUGUUCAAAAUGCAGAAGUAACAGGGGAGGAUGGACAGACGUACCCAGUAUCAAUGUAUGCUGCAGUUGGGAACAAUACUUCUCCAGCAGAUGACAAGUUAGCAGCAGAGAUAUCGACUAAGAAAAUGCGUCGCAAGUUCCUUGAGUCGAUGAAGAACAGCAAUCCAAAGUACUACUCUCACCAGAUUCAGCAGAUUAUACCAUUCCCAGAUAAAUUUCCUGUCUCAAAUCUUGACUAUGGGUUGAAAGCAUUACAGAUGAUUCAGACAGGAGAGAUAACUAGGGCAGGAAAAAUACAGCUUAUUGACACCAUAUUUCAUGAACUUAUAAAGUAUACUGGACUAUACCCCACACCAACACAGAAGAUGGCAGUGGCAAAUGCUAUUGUUGAGACGUUCCCCACAUUGGCAGCAAAAAUGAAAGCCAGCCAUAUAUCUCCAGCUGAUUCAUGGUAUGUAAUUCUGUGUGACAAGUUCCGGAAUGAACGACGAGGACUGAGUGGUGCCGGAGCUUCUCCUCGCACAGGGAAAGGAAAGAAAGAGCAUCAUGAUCCACAUAUGGCUGCCAUGGCAGCUGACCAACAGGUUGUCAUGGAAACCAAUGAAGAAAUGGAACUUAGGGCUUCAGAAGAAGUUCAGCAGGAAGCUCAAGAUGACACUGACCAGCAAGUAGCUGUAACUCCGCCUAUACCAGUGUCUCAAGCCACGCCCCCACAGUACUCUGAGGCCACGGCCCAUGCAACCUAUCAACAGGCCUACUCAUCAGCUCAGAUGACACCAGCGAAGGAGUCAGUUUCAGUCCCAGAAAUGAUGUCAACUGAAGAGGAGGAGGAGGACACAGCAGCGACAGGAGAACACGAGAAAGUGAUUGUAAACACAGAAGAGCGACGUGGAUAUACAGAAAAGGCCAAACGUGCAGUGAGAAGAAAAACUCAUUCUCCUAAAAGACACCAGAAACAGACAGCCGAAAUGCCUAUACUGGAUGAGAGAUACGCAGCCAGCCUUCUUGAAUACUACAGUAAACAUAAACCGUAUUACCCCGUUGAUUCUGACUUCAGUCGACACAUGGAGGCUGAAGCAGCAAAGACUAAUGCAGGGUUGAUACUGGAUGAAAAAGGUGUGCCAAAUACAUCUGUAAACCAGGCAAUGGCACAGGUUGCUGCCAACCAACAGGCAGCAGUGAGUCAGGCUAUAGCCCAGGCUGUAGCUAGCCAUGCUGUGGGCAACCCAGAGGAACCAUACAGUGCCGAAGUGGCAGCUAUAGUACAGACUGUUGUUAGUGCACACAUGGAUGAGGUGUUGGCUGCUAGAAAUUACCAAAUUGGACCAGAGCUUCAGUACCCAGUGACUACCCAAACCCCAGAAAUUGAGGGAACUGUGGAAGUCAAAACCUCAAAGAAGAAACCUAAAAUACAGCAAAAGGAGAGGACCCCGGAACAACAACAAGUUACAUUACAAAGAUUUAAACAAAAACUUGCUGUGACAUACCCAGGAGUGCAGGCUGUAGAUGAUGCUACACUGCUGUGUACAUGUGGAGCUAAAGUUAAACUGGGUAGAGCAAGGAUGCUGCAUAAUUACUCCAACUAUCACUUAAAGAGAUGUAAUCAUCCCCCAGUUACUGUUACUAGACUUGAAGGACAUUCUCCUUCAGCAACCCCUUUGUCUUACCACAGUUUAUAUGGUCAGGGCUCCCCGGGUGAAAUAAAUAUUCCAACAACGGGGCCCAAGGUCAUUGCCAAGGAGAUGGAGAGUGCAGCAUUCGCAGGAUUAUCGGCUGCUGACAGAGAAACUAUUCAGAAACAUUUCUUAUUAAAUGUUCCCACGCCAUCAUCAGAAAACACAAUAGUUGCUGGUUCAACAUCAUCUACGCCUCCCCAGAGUUUGGAUUUAAGUAUGCCUGUAUCUGGGCAUAGUGUUUUAAAUAUUCCUGCAUCAAGUGCAGGGCCUAAUGAUUUAUCUGUGUCAGUAUCAGGGCAGAAUGGUCUCAGUGUGUCAGAAUCAAUGGCAGAAAGUCUGCCCUCAACCAUGGUCAGUGAUUUAACUCCCACAGAAACUUCUGUUAGUGUUUUAAAUGUGCCUUUGCCAGGGCAGAGUACAACUUUAUUGGAGAAUUCACGGGUUGUGACUGCGAGUGGAGAAACAGCAUCAGUGACUGUGCGGAGAGAUUCUGACAUGGGUCAGUCAUUAGACUUAAGUGUUCAGAAUUCUUCUGGACCGUCAGUUCUCAUUGAACAUCAGCCGGGUUCGGAUCUCAGGGUCCAGAUUCCAGGCUCCAUAGCUACAAGUAUUGCAGAGUACAGUGGUGAGCUGCCAGAUUUAUCUGCAAUGAAUGCCUUGGCAUUGAUACAGGGCAAAACUGAUCAGCCAAUAGAAACAUCCGACACAAAUGACCAAGACAACGUAGCAAGUGAAGAACCAAUAAAUUUAGCAGACUCUUAAAAGUGAUCAUUAUUUUGUGAAUAAUUUUGCUUAUGUUCAAAGGUAAAAGUACGGUUGGUAAAUAUAUAUAUAUUUAUAUUUUUGUGUUAGAUUUUGUAAAUGAACUUCAAUGUUGUGAUAUUUAUUAGUAAGUGUGCUAGAAGAAUUAUUUGUUAUAGGUCUUAUUUUCUGUUUCGUAAUUUUUGUUUUAACACCAAAGUUUUGGAUGAUAUAAUCAAAACCAUGUAUUUCAAGAAUUAUGUGUUUUAAGUUAUCUUUGAACUUGUGAUUUCUCACAUUUUAAGACAAGGUGUCUUGUUUCACAAAAUAGUUCUUGUUUGUAUGUCUAGUUAAGAAUUAGAAGACUUUAUAAAUAGUGAUAUUUUAAGAUGUACAUAAUUAUUAAUACUUACAUUUUAAGCUGUAUGAAAUGGGAAGAGGUUUUUUUGGCAUGUUUUCAAGUUACAGAAUUAUUUGAGAAUUAUAUUUGACAAUUUUUGUAUGCUUUUAAAUUAAAAAAUCGAGGCACUUUUUUCUGCAAAAAUCUCAAAGGGCAAGCCUCUAGAUUUGCGCUCUUUUAGCUAAACUAUUUGAAGAAUAAGAAGCAUUGUUGUGCUUGCCCUGAUAUUUGUAUUGGCACAUUGCUCUUGGGUUGAAUUUUUAUGGCAAACUUUUUGGUUUGGCUAUAUCUUCUUAACUACUGCUACUUCACAUAAUUCAACUUUAGAAAUUAUAAAAUUAUACAUUUGUUCAUUUCAUGUCCGGUGCAGAACUUAUUAUACACUACGACUUCAAACUUGGUAUAUAGGUAUGUAUAUAGGUAUGUGGUGAUUGGACAAUGUGCAGAGGGCAUGAACUUAGUCAAAGUUCAGAUGUCAAAUCCAUGUCCAGAGCACAACUAUUCAUUUCAAGUGUUUACUAUAAAUUUUGAAUAUAGAUGGGUGAUGAUGAGAUGAUUUGCAGUGCAACAACCCACCCUGCGCCACUCAUCUCUUCUUGUGCCUAAGAAUUGUGUCAAACUCACCCCCACCCACCAUCCCCCACCUUUUGCAGACACUCCAAAACUUUCCUUGAUCUAAAGCUAAGGGCAUGCAUUGCCUCACUUUGCAGAGCUCUUGACAAAC